AUGGGAGACGCCUCCUUUGGUCUCAUUCCAAAGAUCAGGGCCUUCUACGAAGUACACGGAUGCGAGAAAGAAUCCACUGGGUGGGUUAGUGAACCACCGAAAGAGCUGUCCAGUUUUGCGGCUAGAGAACACGAUGGCGUGGCCAUCAAAGUGUUCAAAGCCAGGGUCGAAGACAAACUGGCUGCUUACGGCAGCACAACGCCAAAGUACUUCGCUGUCCAAGUGCAAAAUCCGGCCCUCGUGGACGCUCUCAAGCGAAUUCUCAGGGAGAAGAUGGGCCGUCACCUUGAUGCAGAGCACAGGCUCGAAUUCUUUGAACCCUUUACGGACCUUUGGUUUUGCCGCGACGAAAUAGCCAAUCUGCGCACAAUGGAGCAGGAACGAACCCGUCUUAUGCCCUACCUACAAUUGCUGCUCAACGUCAUGAACGACAUGUUCUCCACGCUUAGCUACAGGUACAAGUUCAUCCACGCCACCGGUUUUGUGGAUUUCCACACUGCGUGGACGCUUUUCCCUCGAGGCUGCCAAGUUUACACCCAUGAGGAAACGUCGGAACUGGUCUGCAAAAUACGUUCAGUUGAAUACCAGCCUACCAAUGGCGUUUGUUAUCUCGUUGCCGAGAUUGAGUAUUUGACUUUCAGCGGCACCGGGUUUGUCUGGGUGUCUGCUACGCUAAGGAUGGCCGAGUUCAAGGGUAACAUGCCAAUCACGGAAAUGCUCUUCUUCCCACUCCAGCUUCACCCGCAGAAAGACGCUGUAUUUAGUCGUCUAGUAGCUCGCGGCAAGAAAAUGUUGAAUCUACAGGGUGUCGAGUGUCGCUGCUAUGAUGGCAUUGCGCUUGUGUCUCCAGGGGUGUCUCCAGGUGGUAAAGGUGUCCCUCUCAAGUUCCGUGUCAGUGGGCCCAUUAUCGUCGACGUGUUGGGAUAUAUGAGACACAACUGUAACAAGGGGCCGAGAGAUGAUCUGAAUCCGAGGGCAAGAAGUUACGUUGAAAACGCCGACGCUGAUCAGGGUCCGCUCACCAGGAGAGCGGCUCAACAAUUGGAAACGACGGAUACAGCCGACCACGCUGGGCUCUCGUUGGGUGGGUUUGGCCACGUUGAUGGCGCUAUUCCUUACAAGCAGGAGGCGCAUGACACCAUGAUGCGUCACGUAACGGAAGCCCAGGCUCUGGAGAACAAGGUUGCCAUGUUAGCUAUGGGAUCGGAUUUAGUAUAUGUGACGGGCUUUGUUGAGGGUUAUUCCCUCGAGAGAAAACUUUGGAUGUUCUUUCAAGUCGAAGACAUUCAACCAAUUGAAUGGAACACCGCCGCCUAUGAUGACCUCGUCUACGACGCCGAGGAAAAAUACCGUGUCCUCUCCCUGGUCCAAAACCACAAAUGGAUCCGGCCCCGCUGUAGCUUAGCGUCGUCAUUAGGAAUUCGCAGCAGCACGGCGUCCCCUCCCUUGGCGGACGAUUUCAUCGCUGGCAAAGGCCAGGGCCUCGUGGUGCUCCUGUCUGGCUCGCCCGGAACAGGCAAAACGCUCCUGGUAGAAGCUGUGACUCACCGCGCCCGCCGUCCAAUCUAUCACCUCCAAGCCGAAGACUUUGGAACCGACGUCAACGUUCUGGCGACACGUGUGAAGAACAUCUUUGAAUGGGCAACAUGGUGGAAUGCGGUGAUUCUACUCGAAGACGCAGACCAUUUUAUGACGUCUGGAGGCACAGAGGGAACAGUUGGCAACGAGCUAGCGACCAUUUUCCUCAAGGAGCUAGAGUACUUUGGGGGAAUCAUCUUCAUGACAACGAAACUCGAAAAGCCAAUGGACUUUCCGCUCAAAAGCAGGGUCAAUGUGCAUCUGAUGUUCCCAGCUCUUGGCAGGGGGGCGAGAGAGCAGUUGUGGAGGCGAUUCAUCGGGCGCCAGUCCGAGUCAGAGCCAGUAGUCGAGGGUUGGCCAGCGCACGGCACUGCUGCUUUCGGAGAGGAAAAUUGGAAGUUUGCAGACGACAAGGAUUUUUUUCGCCUGAGUUUGUGGGAGCUCAAUGGACGCGAGAUUUUCAAUGCGAACCGCCUGGCCAGCUGCUGGUGUAGCAUCGAGGGCCAAGCAGCGGUUUCGCUGCAGAUGAUGGAGCGUGCCAUCAAGAUUACAAAUCCGCAAGCCACAAGGGCGGCGGCAGAGGACGACUAUGAAGUAUGCUGCAAUAUGGGGGACUUUUUGGGGCAUGGCCCUCUGCCCUCUAUUUCAAGGUUUAGUGUCUAG